AUGUCUGAACCAUGCGCUGUGAAGGACUGUCAACGUACUUCUAGAGCCUUAUGUCAUUGUUGCGAUCAAAAUCUAUGUCGUAUCCAUUUAAAUGAACAUGAUGAUUUAUUAAAUAGUCAAUUAAACCCAUUCGCUGAUGAACUUAAUCAACUUCAUGAGCAACUUAAUCAUAUUAAUGUAAAAACUUUACUUGACAAUACUUCUGAAAAAUUAGAACAUUGGCGUAUUAGUUCCCAUCGGCUAAUAGACGAAUAUUUUAAUGAAAAAAAACAAAGAUUUGAUGAUUAUGUAAAUAUAAAAAUACACAAACAAUUAGAAGAAAUUAAUCAAUUAAGAGGAACAAUUAAUCAACUCGUUCAAAAACAAGAUACGACUAUCGACGAUCUUAAGUUGAUAUCAUCGUCUAUACAAUCUGUUCGAAGAGAAAUCACUCAACUAGAAUAUAAAUCUUUUGAACUUAAUAUUAAUCCUUUAACGAUCGAUGAUAAAUUAAUUCAAAUAGAAGAAAAUUCUUUCAAAGUUGAUUUUAACUUAAACACUUUAACACCUCCAUCGCAUGUAAUUGAUCGUUCUCCUGAAAGUCCAAAACCUAUUACAUCUAAUAAUAGAGUUAUAUUAAUGCAUCAUGAUAAUCGACUAUGUUUAUUAGAUAAAAAUUUAAUAAUUACAAAAUCUAUCGAUUGGUCUUUCGGUUGGAUAUGGGACAUGUGUUGGUCAUCGACAUUAUCUCGUUUUUUUAUUAUAACUCUUAAUGAAAUCUUUAUACUGGAUGAAAAUACAAUGAUAAUGGAUCGUGUAGUAACAAAAGAAAAGUAUUCGUUAUGUUCAUGUACAUGUUCGGAUACAUCACUAUAUAUAACAACAAAUGAAUUAGGUUCAUCUAUAUGUGAAUUUCGCCUAAUACCAACUAUUGAAUUAAUUAACCGAUGGCAACCUUCAGAUUUAUGUCAAAUAAAUGAAAUUAUUCAAGAUAUGGUUUUUCAUAAAGGGACAGUUGCAUUUAUUAUUGAAAAUCAAACGAAACAUACGAAACGUAUGGAACUUCGUUUAGCACAAACAUUUGAGGAACUAUGGUCUAUACAAUUUGAUAUUGUUGAUCCACUACAUAAUGCAUUUCGUUUAUGUUUAUUUAAUUUUGACGAAUGGAUAGUAAUUGACUGGAAAACAUCACAACUUUUUUACAUUACAAAAAAUGGGCAAAUCAAAUCAACGUGUGUCUACGAUCCAGUACCAUAUCGUUGUUGUCAAUUUGGAUCAGAUAUGCUGGCUAUAUCAACUAAAAAUAGUAUUAACUUUCACAAAAUCUAA